UCCUCGCGCGCGCGCGAUCGUUGGGAUGGAAGAAAGAAAAUAGUUCGACGUCGAACCCCUUCCCCCCCCCCCCUCCUCCUCCUCCUCCUCCUCCUCCUAACAACAACCAUAAUUUUUUUUGACGAAGAAGACGGCGAAGGCGGUACCAGCAUGGCGGAUACAGACCUUUUCAUGGAGUGUGAGGAGGAGGAGCUGGAACCGUGGCAGCUCAUAGAAGACGAUGUUGUGGAUGAUACCGGUGGUGGGAUGCUGCUGUCAGCGACCAAUAACUCCAGCACAGGUAUUAAGCCUGGAGUUGCUCCUGCAAGCAUUGGGGAUCUGCAGAAUAAUGAGGUUGAGAAAAAGACUAUGCUCGCAGUCCUAUCUUCAAACAGCAAUGUCGGUGGUCCUCUGAUGAAUUCGGGUGGUCAGCCUCUGAUUGUGGCCCAGAAUCCACCAGGCCUCGGCUCCCAAAUGACUGUGCCGCCGAUGUACUCACCCACUGCAAUGCAGGUACUGCAGGAGACAAAGACUGGAGCAACGAGCAAUGUAUCGGGGCAGCCCAUCUUCAUCACCACUCAAGGUUUCACCAUGAAAGAUCUGAGAUCUGUGCAGAAUCCGGUUGGGAUUGUACUGAAUGUACAGGGUGGUCAGGGGACAGUCCCAUACCAGACUAAACCUCUGACUUUAGUACCAGGUAUGUGGAGCAGUGCACCAGCGGCUACGCAGUUUGUCAAGUCUGCGGUGGGAGUCCCUCAGCUGUGGUCCCCGGUGACGUCCAUCAGGCCCGCCACGAACGCCUUUCCAGUUAACUUCCUCCAGAACACUAAUCUCAUCCGACUGAAGGCGACAGAGUCUGUGAAUCCUGAGAUCAGGCCAAAGUCUGAGGAAGUGGUGAAGAGCAGCGUUCUCCCGCCAGUGCAGAUCACCACCACCACCACCACCAGUGCCACCCCGCCCCAGAUAAUACACAAGAACGCAUUCAAUCACGCUACUCCUUUCAAACUUCCUGAAAGCAAUAUGAAUAAUGGUGUUCCCAUCCCAAUGGAUUGCCCGAAAUGCAACAUACACUUCAACAUCAUGGAGUCCUUAAAGGUUCACAUGGCAUACUGCUGCCCCCAACUGCUGAAUCCUCCGACGCCCUCCAAGACCCCUCAGCAGCAACCCCACCCAGCCCCGGCCCCACCCCCACCUCCUCCCCCACCUCCACCCCCACCCCCAACCCCACCCAUAGUACAGCAGCAACCUUCAGUCAAACUAGCUGAACCCUCCCAAGGCAAGCUCAUCAUGCUGGUGGACGAUUUCUACUACGGGCGGGACGAGGGCAGCACCUACCAGAUGCUUCAGGAGAUGAAGACCAGCACAACCUUCAGGUGCCUCAGCUGCUUGAAGCGACUGAAGAACAACAUCAGGUUCAUGAACCACAUGAAGCACCAUCUCGAACUGGAGCAGCAGAAUGAGGACACCAUCGAGAACCACACUACUUGCCAGCACUGCUUCCGCCAGUAUGCCACUCCGUUCCAGCUCCAGUGCCACAUUGAAAAUGUGCACAGCCCCUAUGAAACCACCACAAAGUGUAAGAUCUGUGAGCUGGCAUUUGAAACGGAACAGCUUUUCCUGCAGCAUAUGAAGGACACACACAAGCCAGGAGAAAUGCCAUACGUCUGUCAGGUGUGUGAGUAUCGCUCGUCUGUGUAUUUAGAAGUGGAUAACCACUUUCGAAUGAUUCACGAGGACACUAAAAAUCUGCUGUGCCCAUACUGUUUCAAGGUGCUCAAGAACAGUAGUGCCUACCAGCAACACUACAUGAAGCAUCAGAAGAAGAGUGUCUACCCCUGUAACAAGUGCAGACUCCAGUUCAUCAGUGCCAAGGAGAAAAUGGAACACAAGGUUGAGCACCACAAGACGUUUAAGAAACCGAAGCAGCUAGAAGGACUGCAGCCUGGUACCAAGGUGACGAUAAGGACCUCAAUGGGGCAGGCACGUGCUGCUGGAGGACCCGUUCAGGAGAUCCCCACCAGAAAGGUCUACCCCCCGGUCUUGCCUGCCAAGGUGCAGGAGGCACCAGCCUGUUCGACCGUUCACAAAGUCGCUCCGGUCCCCAAACCCGUCCCCAAAGCAGAGAAGAGGAAGGCAGUGGAGAGGAUGAGCCCCCUGUUGAUGGACAUGCAGGAGAUUAGGAAGCUGUACGGUAACCAGGUGUGCUUGGAGUGUAACAUUGACAUCACUAACGUCAGCAGCAUCAGCAACCACUUCCCCACUUACGUGCACUGCUCCCGCUGUCGGUACAGCACAAGCUGCAGCCGGGCAUACGCUGAUCACAUGAUCAGUUACCACACUCAACGCGGGAAACCAAAAUACUUGAUGUUUGGAAAAGUGAAGAAAAGUGCCAUUCUACUCGUUUGCACAUCCUGCACAUUUGCUGUCGAGACGGGUGAUGGAGAUGAGAUGGCCCAGCACCUGGAUCAAAACCCAGGACAUGGACCCUGUUGUUUUGUGACGUUUUCAGUGGGGGACCGUAAGGGGAAAGCAGCCAAAGUGGUGGAGGAACCGACGCCAGUCUCCGAGCCGAGGCUUGCAACCCCCGAUUUUGAAAUCGAAGAGGAGGAGAGUGGCGGUGUGCAGCAUUCCAGCGCGGAAAAGGGGAGGAAAGAUGAAAGUCCGGGUCCACCUGUCAGCGAAGUUCAGAACUCCACCACCACGACUCAGCAAGUUAAAACUGUAAGACUGAGCACUGUCUGCUCCACCAACUACAUCAACGCAAAGAUCUGUUCCCGACCACCCGUCGCCACAUCACCUCCGCUUCCGACGGCUGCCAGUAAUGGUAAAGAGGCUCCGAGUCCAAUCUAUGUGGAAGAAGAUAAAAGCAGUUCAAGUCCCAUAUACAUCGCAGAGGAUAAAAACAAUUCAAGUCCAGAAUAUGUGGCAGAGCAGAAGAACAAUUCGAGUCCCAUAUACAUCGCAGAGGAUAAGAACAAUUCAAGCCCGGUGUACGUCGAAGAGGACAAGAGGAGUUUGAGUCCACGGGCCAUUGAAGAGGACAAGAGGAGCUCGAGUCCAGGGCGCGUUGAAGAGGACAAGAGGAGUUUGAGUCCAGAGGACAUUGAAAAGGAUAAGGGGAGUUUGAGUCCAGAAGUCGUUGAAAAUGAUAAGAGGAGUUUGAGUGCAGAGGACAUUGAAAAUGAGGAUAAAUGCGAUUCGAGUUCAGUGUGCAUUGCAGAGAACGAGUUGUCUAAGGGAGAAGACGAUGCUGAGAGUCAGCAAGUAGAUUUGCCCUCAACAAGGAAAUCGUUGUCGAAACAUGAAUUCAGGGUGGUGCUACAUGCCUUGUGCUGCGGCAUGCAGGCUGCUACUGAAAGGUACGGCGCAUCCCGGAGCCAGGUGGAGCAGUUACUGAACGAGUGCGCGCAGCAGCUUGACCUCCUGAGCGUUGACGGCGAGACCGGAGCCUCUCUCCUCCUCUCCCCUGAGGCCGAGGAGCAGCUGGUGGAGUGGGUGCUGGUGCAGAGGGAGGGGCAGCUCCCUCUCACUGAGGAAACCUUCCUGCAGAGGCUCUCUGAGCUGCUGGGCUCCCCGGGCUCAGGCUCAGGCCCAGGCAGCGGCGACGACGACGACUCCUGCCUCUGGGCGGUGGGCUUCCUGCUGCGGCACAACCUCAUCGCCUACGCCAAGAUCACCGUGGCCCGCAAGCUGCCGAGGGAGAUGGAGGAGAACAUCCAGAGCUUUGUCGAGUUUGCCCAGCAGCAGAUCACUGGACGGGACUUCCCGCACCGCAUGAUUGGCAACAUGGAUGAGAUCCCGAUUUUCCUGGACCCGGAGGCCCUGCGCCGGCCCGAGGGCACCCCAGGCAGCUUCGGGGUGACCGGGACCGGGCAGCCGCAGUUUGUGAUCAUCUUCACCAUUCUGGCUGACGGCAACCUGCUGCCCACCAUGAUCUUCUCCAGGGGGGGUCUGCCGCCUUGGCUGAAAGUGCCACGGGGCAUCCUGCUGGAGGUGAAGGAGGCGGGGCACAGUGAGGCCGAGGUGUUGGAACUGUGGCUCGCCAAGGUGUGGCGCCGGCACAUGGCCGCACACUACAGCCGGAGCAUGCUGGUGCUGGACAGCUCCCGCCGGCACCUGUCGGACGACUUCAUCGACGACCUGAGCCGCUGCAACUCGCUGCCGCUCGUCAUCCCCAGGGGCUGCACCUCGCGCGUCCAGCCCCUCGACAUGUGCAUCAGCCAGACCUUCCGGAACUUCCUGCAGAAGCGCUGGGCCGAGUACUCCCGGGAGGCCCGGUGCUACCGCGACGUGUAUGGCGACGUGCUGCAGUCCCUCCUCAACUGGGUGGCCGAAGUGGCCGAGUUCGUCGGCGCCAACACAGACGUGGUGCAGCAGUCCUUCCUGUUGGCCAGCGUGCUGCCAGGCCCCGGCGGCCAGCCCGCCUCGGUGCAGCAGAAGGUGGAGGCCCAGGAGGAGCUGGUCAGCUUCCUGCAGGAGCAGCUGGACCUGAGCGGGAAGCUGGACGAGUGCGGCGGCGAGGCCCCUCCUGCGGUGGCCUUCGACCCCAAGCUGCUGACCAGGCUCUUUGAGGCGGACAGUGACGCAGAGUCCUUCUACGGAUUCCCCGAGGGCGACCUGUAAAUAACUUACUGGCGCCGACUGUUAUCCUUUCUCCAGGAGGGGUUCGGGAGGGGGGGUUAGAUUGCCAGUCGCGCUAAGGGUAAGCCGUGUGCGUGUGCGCGCGCGAGCGAGGGAGAAAGGUAUUUUUUAAGCCUGCCUUUUACACAAACCACAGCGGCCGAUCGGCUCCCCGCAGGCGAGAAUGAUGCCACUGCCGGCCUGGACUACAGGUUUCCCGUUCUUCUCUCUGGGUGGCACACCAGUGCCGAGAGGAGGGAGACAAAGCAUUUCACUCCCAGACCGAUUCCGCCAUUGUGAUACAAGAUGGCUGUCUGGUGCUUGUACGAGAAAUGAAAAUGUGCGUUUUUCUAUAAAACCGUGGACGCUGGCAGAUGAAAACUUGGCGUUCUCUGUGCGAUAUUCCCGUCUCCGAUUUUGCAAAGCGGGGCCUGUGAUUUUAAACAGAUACCCGUGACUGAGGAAUGUCAUCCGAUGACGUUAAGCAUUCGCCCUUUCUAGGUUACCUGUUUUGUUUCCUCCCCCCCCC